UUUUGAUAAAACAUUGUAUUUUUAGAAGAUUUAUGUCCUAUAGAUAAAUACAAUGAAUUUAAAGAAGGAAUAAUUAGUUAGUAGAUAGAACUGUCAAAUUGAAGAUUGUUCGAAAGAAGAGGUUAAAAUGAUUGACAUCGAACUGUCAUUGUUGAAGGAUUUCUCCUAAUGUUUUAACCUAUUCACGAUUUGAUCAAGAAUAUAUCGAUGACUGGAGUGUUUACGUAUCUUUAUAAACUUUUAUUCUCUAACGAUGAACGUUGUUAACCUAUUGUACGAUUUUGACGAAAGUAAAUAACAUCUUAUCGGCUGAGUGAUAAAAAUUGCAAGGGCUUAUUUUAUUAAAGUAUGUGAAAUAGUGUACAUCAUAGAAAAACAAUGGCUUCAAUCUGUAGACGAUGGAGAUUAUGGAUAUUACCAGUUUUGACUUGUCUUUAUGCUCUCUUAAUUGUUAUAUUAGUACCAGUCUUAAUAGCUAAUUCUAUUAAGAAUGGUUUUCAAAAACAAGACCAAGGUGCAUUGGUGGGUGGAGGAUUUGUAUUGUUGGCGUUGCCAAUAGCUUUCUACGAAAUCGUCCAACAUAUGAUAUAUUACACUCAGCCUAGGUUACAAAAAUAUAUCAUUAGAAUAUUAUGGAUGGUACCUAUUUAUGCGGUUAAUGCUUGGUUGGGGCUUGUCUAUCCCGAGGGCAGUAUAUAUGUUGAUAGCUUAAGAGAGUGUUAUGAGGCAUACGUAAUAUAUAAUUUCAUGAUGUAUCUGUUGGCCUACCUAAACGCGGAUCAUCAAUUAGAACAUAGACUGGAAAUGUCUCCUCAGGUACAUCAUAUGUUUCCUUUAUGUUGUCUUCCUGAUUGGGAGAUGGGAAGAGAAUUUGUACAUAUGUGCAAACAUGGUAUUUUGCAAUACACAGCAGUUAGGCCUAUAUCAACUUUAGUAUCUUUUAUAUGUGAACUAAAUGGAGUUUACGGAGAAGGAGAAUUCAGAGCAGAUAUUGCUUUUCCAUACAUGAUCGCUCUAAAUAAUUUGUCCCAGUUUAUUGCAAUGUAUUGCUUAGUUCUUUUCUAUCGUGCUAAUUCAUUAGCUCUGAAACCCAUGAAACCAAUUGGGAAGUUUUUCUGUAUUAAAGCAGUCGUUUUCUUUUCGUUUUUUCAAGGAGUUAUAAUAGCUCUAUUAGUAUACUUUGAUGUAAUAUCAAGUAUAUUUAAGACGGUGGACACACACGAUAUAAGAAAUAUAUCUUCCAAAUUGCAAGAUUUCUUAAUUUGUAUCGAAAUGUUUUUAGCUGCCAUAGCGCAUCACUACAGUUUUACAUAUAAACCAUUUGUAAAUUUAGCACAGAGUCAAGCUUGGUGGGAUGCAUUUAGAGCAAUGUGGGAUGUUUCCGAUGUACAUAACGAUAUUAAGGAACAUUUAGGAGUUGUUGGAUCAUCCCUAAGUCGCAGAAUUAGAGGACGCAGUGCUUAUCAACAAGCAUGGGGAAGCGCGACAGAACGUACAUCGCUUCUUCCUGAAGCAGCAGCAGCAAUGCCUAGAAGUGCACCAGCUUGUUCAUUUUCUAGCUAUAAUACAGCUGAAAAUGGGCAGAAUAAUAAUCCUGGUGAUAGUUUUUCUAUAUCAACUGACAUAAAUAUCGACACGCAGCAUACUACUAAUAGCAUAAGUACAUAAUUCUGUGUCGAAAUCAUUCAUAUGUGAGUAAGAAUAUUUAAUUGGACAAAAUUAUACUUUCUUUACAUCAAUCGACAUUAUAUGUUAUUUAAAUGAAACGAAACAAAAAGAAGAAAAAAUACGAUUGUACAAAUUCUCAUAAGAAUAAUAAUAAUAAUAACAACAAGAAUAACAGUGAUAAUAAUAAUAAUAAUAAUAGUAAUAAUAAUCUACCUUUGUAAGGUAUAAAAACAAGGAUUUGAUAAAACAACAAUAACAAUAUAAAUGAUGUAAACAUAGUUUUCGGUAUCUUUAUUUAAUAGAAUUGAUUAUUUUUAUGUUACCAAUGAUAUUACCAAAUAUUGUUUAUACGUAUAUUAGUUCCUUACAUAGAACAAAUUUUAUUUAGAGUCUACUUUUCGCGUUGGGUGGAUGUAUGUGUAUGUUUAUGCGCGCGCCUAUACAGUAGCAUAUGUAUUACGAUAUUUUCUAAUAUUGCUUUUGCAAGAUAUGUGAUAUUUUUCUUUUGUAAAUUCUUUGUAUUUCUAUAGCAAACAUACAAAUUAAAAGUCCGGAAAUUAAAAGUUCACGUUAAAUUUAAAUUACACAUAUCAUGCCGUUAAAGGAUCAAUAGUAUUUAUUAUCUAAAAAGUACCUAUUGGAGUUUAA